GUAGUUCCGGCGCGUUUAUGGUCGCGUUGAGCCUGAGUCCUGCGGGCUGUUACUGAAUGUAGUGAAGCUCGUUUGUUUUGGAUUUGUAAGAAACUCGCGGACGGGAUUAUAACAGGCUCUAGAAGGUUCCUGAGCUGUCCCCUGGUUCUAAGAUUGCGACCAACAUUGGCUCUUCCUAUCUUUGUCUAAUGUACCUCACCUAAAUUAGUUGAUAUUAAGUAGCUCCAAAAGCAGACUUGAGUCAUCUGUGAAAAAUUGAAAAAAUCACAUUUUAAAAAGUUGCCCUUGGAUUCUCUGCCCCACCUCAGUCAAUUAUUAUGCUGUAAAAGUAGGGACUUCUUGAACAUCUCUCUCACUGGUGCUGAUCCCACUUCAUAAUGACUUCCUGUUACAUUGGUAUUCGAAGUUUUACUGAGCUUUGGAAGAGUAGCGCAUACCUUAGGAUAGGUACAAGACAAUCCUACUCUUCUCUCUUUCUCAAAAGCUAUUAUGGCUUCAGGAACCAACACAAGUGGUUUUCUCUUAAAGCACCCUCUCCACAAAAUACCAAAGCAAUGAAUCUGCUGAUGGCCAAGACCAAAUAUCUCAGGAAAGAAGAUGAGAGCAAUGACAUGCAAGUUUCUUCUGAUUUGCCUCAUCUUUUUGCAGCUGGAGCAGCUAAAAAGAGAUCACAGAUGAAUCCUCAGAAUAAAGAUAAUGCCUUGCCACUUAUGAGAGACACUAUUCAGCUCCCCACAAAACCUUUGAAUUCUGAGGAAUGGGAAAAACUUAAGGAAGAUUUCAAAGGAAAAGCUAAUUUUGAAAAUUGGAUCAUUUCACAAAUGAUUCGCUGUCACAGUUCUUUAGACGUCGCCAAAUCUCUGCUGGCCUGGGUAGCUUCAAAAAAAGAUGGUAUUGUUGGAUAUGACAUACUGGUCAAGUAUUUGUACCUCUGUGUCUUUCAUAAACAGACUUCGGAAGUUAUUGAUGUCUAUGAAAUCAUGAAAACAAGAUACAAGUGUGUAGAGUCUGGAGGGAAUACUCUUCUCAUCCGGGGACUAAUGCAUUCAGACAGAUGGAGAGAGGCCUUGCUGCUGUUAGAGGACAUGAAAAAAGUUAUGAUCCCUUCGAAAACCAACUAUAAUGACUGUAUUCAGGGAGCCCUCCUUCAUAAAGAUAUAAAUUUAGCUUGGAAUUUGUAUCAGGAAUUGUUAGGUCAUGGUCUUAAUCCUAUGCUGGAAACCUUAAAAGCCUUCUUUGAUUUUGGAAAAGAUAUAAAAGAUGAUCAGUAUUCAAAAAACCUACUCAACAUUCUUUUCUAUCUAAGAAAUAAUCAGCUAUAUCCUGGGGAGUCAUUUGCACAUAGUAUAAAAACAUGGUUUGAGAGUAUUCCUGGAAAAAAAUGGAAAGGACAAUUUACCACAAUCCAGAAAAGUGGUCAAUGUUUGGGCUGUGGAAAAACUAUAGAGUCUAUUCACCUGAGUCCAGAAGAGUAUGCCUUUCUCAAGGGAAAAAUCUUGAGUGAUGUGAUAGAUGGAGGUGACCAAUACAAAAAGACUACACCUCAGGAACUUAAGAGAUUUAAGAACUUUGUAAACUACUGUCCUCCUUUUGAUAUUGUCAUUGAUGGGCUCAAUGUUGCCAAAAUGAUUCCUAAAGUCCGUGAAUCUCAAGUUCUCUUGAAUGUAGUCUCUCAACUAGCCAAGAAGAAUCUGCGACUCCUGGUCCUGGGUCGGAAACACAUGCUACAGCAGAGUUUCCGGUGGAGAAAGGAUGAAAUGGAAAAGGUACAGAAGCAAGCCAGCUGUUUCUUUGCGGACAACAUCUCGGAGGAUGAUCCUUUUCUUCUGUAUGCCACACUGCACUCCGGGAACCACUGCAAGUUUGUCACAAAGGAUCUGAUGCGGGACCACAAGGCCUGUCUGCCUGAUUCCAGGACUCAACGCCUGUUCUUUAAGUGGCAGCAGGGACAUCAGCUGGCAAUUUUUAAUGUAUUUCCAGGAUCAAAAAUAAUUUUUCAGCCUAUUCUCAACUAUGACACAGUGGUGCAAACAACUGGAGACUCGUGGCACAUACCAUAUGAUGAAGACCUGGUGGAAAGAUAUUCCUGUGAGGUGCCAAACAAAUGGCUUUGCCUUCACAGAAAGACAUAAAAACUCUCACCCCAUGUUAAGUAUGGUAGGGGUUUUCUUUCUGGUUGGCAUUAGAGCAUUACUUCUGUCCUAUUUGAUCUGGUCGGUUUGUAUGUCAAUAAAUUGACUUUAAAGUUGCAUUUUACCCCCUAACAUUUUUUGUUUGUUUGUUUUGGAGGCAUCUUCAAGUUGGGGA